AUGGCGAGUGUGAUGAAGAUGUUACUGUGGGGCUGGAUUAUCCUGGACUGUGGCUUGUGUUCCGUCUCACUGCCAGAAAUCACUGAUGGGAAGUUUAUUGAUGAAUGUGUGAGGAAACACAACGAGGCGCGGUCGUCUGUCAAUCCACCUGCAAGUGACAUGCUGUACAUGACAUGGGAUGAGGGCUUGGCCAUUACUGCAAGAGCGUGGGCAAGGAAAUGUCUGUUUGAGCACAACACCGACCUCAAAUAUGUCCGCCGUAUGCACCCUACCUUCUCCUCUGUAGGAGAAAACAUAUGGGCAGGAUACCCACCAUCACAUUUUGAUGUGAUGAGAGCCAUAAAAAAUUGGGUGGAUGAAAAACAACACUAUCGCUACAGCAGCAACAGCUGCACAAAAGUCUGUGGCCACUAUACACAGGUGGUGUGGGCAAGCACCUACAAGGUUGGCUGUGCCGCCCAGCUCUGCACAAAUGGUGUCAAAAACACAAACUUUGCUUCUGAAGAGGGUGUGAUCUUUGUUUGCAACUAUGCUACAGCGGGUAAUGUGAACGGAAGGCAACCGUAUAAUCAUCAAGGGAAAGCCUGCUCCGGAUGUAACGGCACCUGUGAGGCUAAUCUCUGCCGCUAUAGCUGGACCCCAGCCUGGGACUCUGCCUCCAACUAUGGGUUGAUUCUGGCUGUCCGGCCCAUUGCCCUUAUCUUCACCUUCAUCACGGCCUAUGUAGUUCGCCACUUUUAUCCUGAUGUCUUCUGCUAUGAAUAGACCACUGUGGUGCCCUGAAGGACAUUGACCGUUUCAACCAGUACUAGGAAUUUAUUCAACAUCUUUUGAGUCCAAUCAGAGCUGUACUUAAACAGUCAAAAGAUAUUGCAUUUUACCCUCCAGGAUUUUUACAGUAAAACUGCUUGCCAGUGAUUUGAGCUAUCAGACAGGAAACAAGCAACCAAAUCCUCAGGUUUCGUCUCUACCCCCCAAGUAAACAAAAGGUUCAGGUGAAUUUAAAAACAUUAAUUCAUUAUCUCUAUUGUUCUUGUUUUUUUUUUUGUUGCAAUUAAGCUCCUACAGUUUCACAGUACAAUUUACAUCUACAAUGCUGUCGUUAAUAUUAAUAGCUGUAUGCAAGCAUCUGUUAGGAUUACAUUACUUACGAUCAAAAUCUAGUGAGUUGCAACUUUGUUGAACACAGCUGAACAUAAAGCAAGUGCAGCAACACAAGACAUAGCAGGCCGGCUAAUAUGAGUUAUUAGUCCAACAGCCAUAUUACCUUGGUGUCUGUCGGCAGCCUUUUCUUUUCUGGGAAGCUCUCUCAAAGCCCGACCAGCAGUUCCUCUUGUACAGCAGCCUGGGUCACUUACUUCUUUUUUCUCUCUUUCCUCCGCAACAUCCUCUCGAUUUACUUCGUCUCUGCCAUAAUAGAACCAGGCCCUCCCCAUGCCCUGUGCCUAAAGACCAUCUCCUACUCGCAGUCCAAGGCUGUUGUUCCAGCGGUGUAAACACUAACACUCCCCAGGUGGUCUGAGCAGUCCUGCCAGUAUGACUCACAAAACUAGCCAACGGCAGCUAGAGGUAGCAGUCAGCUUCCUUUAGGAACAACUCCAAAAAUGACCAACAGUCUAGUUAGAGAACCGGAGAAGAGCAGAGGCCUUCAGCAGCAAGUGGUAAUGACAGUGGCACCAUUCUCCCCAUCACAAGCUAGUGUAGCACAAAAUACUUUGAAGCUGCAUGUUUACAUGCUCUACCAGUGUCAGCGUGGGUUCCUCCCACAGUCCAAAAACAUGCACUUAGGUGUAAUUGGUGACUUUUUGGCCGUAGGUGUGCAUGAAAGUGUGAACGGUUUACCGUCUCUGCCGUCUACGGGCCCUGUGAUAAUCUGUAGACCUGUCCAGGAUGUACCCUGCCUGUCGUCCAAUAUCAGCUGGGAUAGGCUCCAGCCCCAUGCGAUCCGAGUACCAAUAAGGAGAAUGAAUAAUUAAGAUAUAGUUAAAAUAGUGACUUAAUGUUUACUGUCAAAAGGGGUACAUCUCUGCAAUUAAAUUAUCGUGAACUAGAAUGGAAUAGAGUGAAAACAUUUUUGUUUUUGCCACAAUACUGAUCUGCUGUUGGGGUUCUUCCUUGGCCCAUGCAACACCCUUCAACUAUGUUUCAUAAAAAUCCUUGCAAGUAGUUUUCCCAGUAAUCCAAGUACAAACAGACAGACACUAAGCUGAACACACAAAACACAAUGAUAAUCUUUAUACUUACCUUAAUUUACACUUCCAAGUAAGUUAUUCAGAUAAACUAGAAUUUAAACCCAAGCAUCAAUGUAGCAUGUCUAGAAGUACCUAAUCCCCCAUAGCAUACAGUAUGAUAAAAAAAAAAUGUCAAUGAUAGAAAUUAAGACAAACCUACAAAUUUAAGAUCUAAGUUGUAAAAAUCUUCUCUUUAAUUU